CUGAUUCUUCUUCGCGCCCUUUUUAAUAAACAAAUUUUUGUCUUUGCUGCGUAUUUUUUCACAAAAUAUUGUUUAUUUUUAAUUUAUUAUCGUCUAAAAAUAUUCACUACGUUGCUGAAGUACGGAACAAUAUAUUUAACUAUAAAAUGCCUUAUUAAAUAAGAGGAAAUGGGUAGAAUCUGUCCAAUACUCAAUCAUCCUCUUAAGGACGGUCUUUUAGUCGACGAUGAUGCUCUAGUAAAAUUUAUACAAAAAAGGAAUGUCGAUUUUUUACCCAACGAACUUGUGUGCCGGUCAUGUAAACGAGAAAUUAUAAAGUUAUACAAUAAAAAAUUAAAAAAAGCAAUUGAAUUGCACAAAUCACGUUUGCACGAAGGCUCAAUUUCAUCAUAUAAAACCUCAUCCAGAGCAUCUACUAUAUCGGAAAACUCGUUAACGAUCAAUGGUUCACGACAAAGUGUACAACAUGAAGUGACGCAAAAUGGUAGAGCCAGCAAUACUAGUACAAGAACAGAUCAGAAUAUUAGCAAAACAAAUUCGAUUACACAAAAUAAUAAUCACAGUGAACAUUCCUUUGAUAAAUCACAUAAGAAACAAGCAACUGAAAUCUCUGAGAUUCAACAAAACCAAAAUAAUGUUAUUGCGAACAUUCCAACGCAAAAUGGCAAAGAACAUGUGACGAUACGCAAAAGAACCAUUAAAGACUUUUUAACGGUUAAACCUAAAACUACAACCGAGACAACUAAAAAUCCGCAAUCUAACAAACCUGAUGAAGCAGCUCAUAUUUCUUACAGUUCGGAGGAGGAUGAUGAUGUAGUUAGAAGACUUUCUCAGCAGCCAGGAACUAGCAAAGCUGUUGCAAAUACUAACUCAAAAGCAACUGUGAACUCCAAUAAACGACCCAUUUCAGCGAUUGUGGAUAGUGAUGACGAUGACGAACGCCUUAGUUUAAAUGCUUAUAAUGGAACACGUUUACCACAUGUACAGCCCUUUCCACCCAAACGUAAAUCAAAUCCAGCUGCUACUAAACCUUUGGGAUAUGAUAUUAUGAAUGAUUAUAUUAAGGACGUUACAGGCGGAUAGGUUACUUGUAUAUUAUUGUAUUAAAGUUAAGUUUGUGAAGUCAACGUCUGUGUGUGUUUUAUUAUUAAUAUAAACAUUAUUAUUUGUAAUAGAUUUAUUUUUUUGCCAAUAAAGUAAUUGUUCAAUCCUUUUUCAAUUUUACGAAA